AGCAGGGCUCCCGCGGGCGUCACUCCGGCCAUCGUCCCCACCUCCACCUGGGCCGCCCGGCAGGCAGGCGACGGAGGCCCGGGAGCCAUGGGUGACUGGGGCUUCCUGGAGAAGUUGCUGGACCAGGUCCAGGAGCACUCGACCGUGGUGGGUAAGAUCUGGCUGACGGUGCUCUUCAUCUUCCGCAUCCUCAUCCUGGGCCUGGCCGGCGAGUCAGUGUGGGGUGACGAGCAGUCAGAUUUCGAGUGUAACACGGCCCAGCCAGGCUGCACCAACGUCUGCUAUGACCAGGCCUUCCCCAUCUCCCACAUCCGCUACUGGGUGCUGCAGUUCCUCUUCGUCAGCACGCCCACCCUGGUCUACCUGGGCCAUGUCAUUUACCUGUCUCGGCGAGAAGAGCGGCUGCGGCAGAAGGAAGGGGAGCUGCGGGCACUGCCGGCAAAGGACCCACAGGUGGAGCAGGCGCUGGCGGCCGUAGAGCGUCAGAUGGCCAAGAUCUCGGUGGCAGAAGAUGGUCGCCUGCGCAUCCGCGGAGCACUGAUGGGCACCUAUGUCGCCAGCGUGCUCUGCAAGAGUGUGCUAGAGGCAGGCUUCCUCUAUGGCCAGUGGCGCCUGUACGGCUGGACCAUGGAGCCCGUGUUUGUGUGCCAGCGAGCACCCUGCCCCUACCUCGUGGAUUGCUUUGUCUCUCGCCCCACGGAGAAGACCAUCUUCAUCAUCUUCAUGUUGGUGGUUGGACUCAUCUCCCUAGUGCUUAACCUGCUGGAGUUGGUGCACCUGCUGUGUCGCUGCCUCAGCCGGGGGAUGAGGGCACGGCAAGGCCAAGAUGCACCCCCGACCCAGGGCACCUCCUCAGACCCUUACACGGACCAGGUCUUCUUCUACCUCCCCGUGGGCCAGGGGCCCUCAUCCCCACCAUGCCCUACCUACAAUGGGCUCUCAUCCAGUGAGCAGAACUGGGCCAACCUGACCACAGAGGAGAGGCUGGCGUCUUCCAGGCCCCCUCUCUUCCUGGACCCACCCCCUCAGAAUGGCCAAAAAUCCCCCAGUCGUCCCAGCAGCUCUGCUUCUAAGAAGCAGUAUGUAUAGAGGCCUGUGGCUUAUGUCACCCAACAGAGGGGUCCUGAGAAGUCUGGCUGCCUGGGAUGCCCCCUGCCCCCUCCUGGAAGGCUCUGCAGAGAUGACUGGGCUGGGGAAGCAGAUGCUUGCUGGCCAUGGAGCUUCACUGCAAGUUGUUCUUGAACACCUGAGGCCUUCCUGGUGCCCACCAGGCACUACGGCUUCCUCUCCAGAAUGUGGCUUUGCCUGAGCACAGACAGAGUCAGCAUGGAAUGCUCUUGGCCAAGGGUACUGGGGGCCCUCUGGCCUUUUGCAGCUGAUCCAGAGGAACCCAGAGCCAACUUACCCCAACCUCACCCUAUGGAACAGUCACCUGUGCGCAGGUUGUCCUCAAACCCUCUCCUCACAGGAAAAGGCGGAUUGAGGCUGCUGGGUCAGCCUUGAUCGCACAGACAGAGCUUGUGCCGGAUUUGGCCCUGUCAAGGGGACUGGUGCCUUGUUUUCAUCACUCCUUCCUAGUUCUACUGUUCAUGCUUCUGAAAUAAACAGGACUUGAUCACAA